GAAAUGAUUCAAACUGAAGUAAAACACGAGUUUCCUGAAACUAUUGAAGGGUUUGGAUAUCACUUUAACGAAAAGGGGCAAUUAAGAAACAUUAAAACAGACGAAAGAUUCGAAUUUCAUGUCAAGCUCGACGAUAGUUCUUACAACCAAACUCGUUACGAGAGGUUGGGUGAGGCCAUCGGUGAAUAUAUAGAAAAUGAAUUGGUGUCAAAGUUUAACCUCAAAAGACAGAUAAUUCCAUUAGGAUCUGAUGAUAAUACGCUUAGGAGUAGAAUUUAUCUUAGCGAGGACGCUCUUGAAUGUAACAAUUUACUAUUGAUAAUUCAGGGAAGCGGUGUUGUGCGUCCUGGGCAAUGGGCACGAAGAGGUUAUAACAUUUCUGUUACUUUACGCCUUGGGACUAUGUACCCAUAUAUUCAAAAGGCGCAAGAGUUGAAUUGGGGCAUUAUAAUUUUCAAUCCUAAUGAAAACUAUGACACUAUAACAAAAGAUGGAGAAGUCAUCGAAUGUGGAUUUAUACAAGGUUCAGAAUCACCACAAAAACAUUCAAACAUUGUAAUUAUUUACACAAUUUUUUUCGUUGCUUUCAACAGUAAAGCUAAAGCAGAAAAGAUUUUGGUAAUGGGUUAUAGCUUUGGUGGAAUUAAUAUCACUUGUCUAAUUGAUGAAUUUGCCGAUGAAUUCAAAUCUCGCGUUGUCGGCAUCGCGCUUGCAGACAGCGUGCACAGUACUUCAAUGGUUCCUUCACAUUCCAAAAAUUGGUUCGAAAAAUAUACUAUAAAUUGGAUCAAAUCUGAAUUGCCUUUGGAUAUGAAGGUGCCCCAAGCAAAAAAUUUUUAUGGAUGUCGGUGUCUUUCGGCUGGACACCCAAAACAUGAGUACGCUGCUGGUACUGCCAUUGAAUCAAUUUUCAAAUACUUGCAACAUGUCUUAGAUAAUAGCAAUAAUAAAGAGUCAUUAGAGCAAGAUGAAGAGUCUGAAACUGAUAAAGAGUCAAUAAAAGCAGAAGAAGUAGAAAAGGUGAUGGAAAAAAUGGAAGAAAUUGAAAAAAUGAAAGAAAUUGAGAAAACGGAAAAAAUGGAAGAAAUAGGAAAAACUAAAGAAAUGGAAGAAAUAGAAAAGACGGAAAAGGUGGAAAAAAUGGAAAUUGAAAGACCGGAAGAAAUGGAAAAUUCAGAUGAAAUUGAAAAAAUAGAAGAAAUGAAAGAAGUUGAAAAAACCGAAGAGGUGAAAGAAAUUGAAAAAACUGAAAAAAUUGAAAAAAUUGAAAAAACUGAGGAAAUGGAAAAAAUGAAAAAAACAGAAGAAACUGAGGAUAAAAAUGAAUUGGAAGCACAAACCUCUCCCAAAAGUAUUUGA